AUGACUUACAAAUUCCCACAAAAGUACGCCAAUGCUGUUGAGGAAGGUCUCCUUCCUGGCUUUGCACUACUUGCCGCCAAGAAUGACGAGACUAUCUACUCCCACGCCGCCGGAGUCCGGUCUCAGCUGCAGCCCGGGAACCCGGCAUUCGAGAUGGACACGGUCCUUGCGAUAGCAUCCUGCACCAAGCUGUUGACGGCGGUAUUGGUCAUGCAGGUCGUCCAAGACGGACUCAUCACCCUGGAUGAUCCCGAGCCUGUUGCCCGGCUUCUCCCCAAGACUGUCAGCCAUGGCAUACUCGAAGGCUUCGAUAAAAAUACCGACAAGCCCAUUACAAAGCCCGCUGAGGUGCCCAUCACUUUGAGAAUGCUCUUGGCACACACUGCGGGUGGUGAGUACGACGUCAUGAGCGAGUCCCUUACCAAGUGGCGCACGCAACGCGGCGAGCAGCCUUGGGUGGGCGCGACUGUGGAAGACAAAACGUCCGUCCCCUUGACGUAUCAGCCCGGUUCGGGCUGGAGAUACAGUCCCAGCUCGGACUUGGCAGGACUUUUGAUCGAGAGAUUGACGGGACGGACACUCGACGAAUUAUUGAUCGAGCGCAUCCUUAAGCCUCUCGGCAUAACCGAAGGCGAAUUCACAUUCUUUCCGGACAAGUACCCUGGUCCCAAGGCUCGCAAGAGUGGCAUGAACACACUGGACGAGAACACUCUAGCCCCGCCGGCCAAAGAACUUGCGGAAUUCGACCCGACAUUCGGCGCAACGGUCUGCCUCGGCGGUGGCGGCUCGUAUGCCACCCCGGAGGCGUACUUUGCAUUCAUCAAGGCCGUCGCGCGGCGGGACAGCAAGCUGCUGAACGAGGCGUCGUGGGACGAAAUGUUCCGCCCGCAGCUGAACCAGCAAUGCGAGGAUUCGAUGAACGCCUGGAUCCGGUCUUCACCGUACAUUUCGCGGACGGUGGGUGCGGGCUUGCCGGAUGAAUUGCGCAAGUCGUGGAGCUUUGCUGGCAUGGUGUGCGUCGAGGGGCGCGAGGGCGUCGUCAAUGAAGGGAUGAUCAUGUGGGGCGGUAUGCCGAGUAUACUUUGGUUUAUCGAUCCCAAGGCUGAGACCUGUGGUAUCUGUUUUGUUCAGAUCCUGCCGCCUAUGGCGCCGGCUGUCAUGGCUCUUCAUCAUGUGUUCAGGCAGGAGGUUUGUGGUCUUUGA